CGACUGGUCCAUUUACAAACAUAUGUCUGAUCUGACAAACGGUCUCUAGGAUAUAUCGAGAUAUAGUCUCUUCGUUGAUUGCAAAAGAAGAUUCCAGCUUGCUUGCUUGCGCAUGCCCGCGGAGGUUGAUCAGUCAGCCAGAUCUCACUUUUUUCCCCAUCUCCCCCACCACACUUCCACCCCCCCAGCGAGCUCCGCAGCUCCCACGUUGUUGCCAUUGACACGUAACUGCAGCGCCGAUCUUGACUCCCACGGUCCCCCGCCAUGGCUGACAACACCCCAUCUGCUCCGUCAACAGGCCACGGUCGUGGUGGUGGCCGCCGGCGUGGCCGCGGAGGCGCCCCUCCCUCGGGCCGUUCAGAUGAGCCGCACAACGCUGGCGAUGGAUCAGGUCGAGGAGGCAAGUCCCGCGGUCGCGGAGGUCGAGGCUCUGGUGGACGUGAUAAGCAACGGAAGCAGGAUAAACCCGAAGCAACCGAGACACAACCUACGCCGAAGGUUGCGACCGUAGGGACAGAAGAGGUCCCCGCCGCUACAGAGGAUGCCGACGAUGGAGAGAUCUGCUUCAUUUGUGCGUCGACCGUUGAACAUACCUCCGUGUCGCCUUGCAAUCACCGGACGUGUCAUAUCUGUGCGCUUCGCUUGCGCGCACUUUACAAGAAUAAGGCUUGCGCUCAUUGUCGAACCGAGUCCGCCUUUGUCGUCUUCACCGAUGACCCCGUUCGACGCUUUGAAGAAUUUGAGAAGAAAGAUUUCGCCCGGACCGAUGAGAAUUUGGGAAUCUAUUAUGAGAAGGACGAAAUCUUUGAAGACACGGUGUUGCUGCUUCGAUACAACUGCCCCGACGAAGACUGCGAUGUCGCUUGCCUUGGAUGGCCGGACUUGCAUCGCCAUGUGAAGAGCAAGCAUGGCAAGGUGAUGUGUGACCUUUGUACACGGAAUAAAAAGGUGUUUACUCACGAGCACACCCUAUUCACCAUGGCCGAGUUACGAAAACACGAGAAGCAUGGUGACCACAAACCUGGUGCUAUCGACCAAAGCGGUUUCAAGGGCCACCCCGAGUGUGGUUUCUGUCGGCAACGAUUCUAUGGCGAUGACGAGUUAUACGCGCAUUGUCGUGACAAGCACGAAAAAUGCCAUAUUUGCGAUCGUCGUGCUUCUCAUCGUCAGCAACAGUACUAUGUUGACUAUAAUGCUCUAGAGGGCCACUUCCAAAAAGACCAUUUCCUUUGCCUUGACCAGGAAUGCUUGGACAAGAAGUUUGUCGUAUUCGAGUCACAGAUGGACCUAAAGGCUCACCAGAUUGAAGCACACCCGAAUGGAGUUUCCAAGGAUGUGCGUCGAGAUGCUCGGAUUGUCGAUCUCGCCGAGUUCGAUAUUCGAAGCCCAUAUCAGCCUCAGCGUCCGCGCCGCGGUGCGGGUCGUGGGCGGGAUCCCAAUGCCGAGCCUCUGCCCGUCUCUAGCGCACAACCUCUCGGCCGUGCCGAGCAGGCUUUCCAAAGACAGCAAGCAAUUCAGAGCUCGCAGUCUGUUUCUACUCGUAGUUUCGGCGGACAGCUCAGUCGGAAUGAUACUCAGACAGUACAGGCACCCGCGCGAUCAGCAGCAAGUACCCCGAACCCGGCAGCUCGUGCUCGACCCCCACCCACCGCAGAGCUGGAAAGCCUCAGCCUUGCGGCCACUUCGGCAACUUUGAGCCCGCAAGACCAAGCUCGACGCUUGCGCCAUACCGCAGUUGUGGAGCGGGCAUCGAAUCUACUCCAUAAUGAUGCUAACAAGCUUGCUGAGUUCCGAACGAGAGUGUCCAGCUAUCGAACUUCAUCUAUUGGUGCUACGGAGCUCAUUGAUGCGUUCUUCUCUCUGUUUGAUACCUCCAGCUCGGAGUUAGGCAAGCUCAUCAAAGAGCUUGCCGAUAUCUACGAAGAUGAGAGCAAGCGUACCAGUCUUCUUCAAGCUUGGAACGACUGGCGUGCUAUCAAUGAGGACUACCCUGCUCUUCCGGGUCCUGGUGGUCUCCUGCCUGGCAUGUCUCCUGCCACAGUCAGCACCGGUGGCAGCCGGGUCUUGCGACUGAAGUCCUCCACUGCCCAAUCGUCUCGCUCCGCCGUUGGUAGAAGCGGUGCCAUAUCCUCAUCCUCCGCCAACCCCUUCCCUCCUUUGUCUGCAGCUGCCGGUAGCUCAUCUCGCCGUAACAACGCUGCCACUUCCACUCCCUGGGCUGCUCCCGCCCCUCCCCCCUCCAUCAGUCGCCCUUCAUACUCAACCCCUCCCAGUCGUGCGUCCCCAGCCAUGUCUGCAAGCUCCGCACGCCCUGCUGUUGGUGCAGACGCUUUCCCUGCUCUUCCCGCGGCCGCCAAGCCAAACGUCCUGAUGCCUGGAAAGACCCGUGGUUACGUCCGGUGGGAUGAGCGUAAGGGUCCUGCCGCCACUGCUUGGGGAUCAAAUCCGUCUUCUGGUCUUGCGUCUCCAGCCGAGCCAGCAGAUGACUUUGAUGACGAGCCUAGCGAUGGGAAGAAGGGAAAAAAGAAGAAGGGCAAGCAGACCCUGUUCCACUUUGGUUGAUUGGUCUUGAAUACCCCUAAUUCCGGUCGGAUAUUUUGUGAGCGUUCUUAAUAGACGAAUGAGUAUAUUAGCAAAAAUUUCUCUCUUUGAAACUGGUUUCUUUGAAUGUCUCCGUUCCUCCAAUAUUGAAGUAAUGUUUAUUCAGGUACUGGUAUAACUAGAAGCCUGUCGUCAUCUUCUAAUGAUGUGGUAUAUCAAGUCGUCAGCCGCAGGUUAUUCUCCCUUUUCCUAUAUAACAAUGUCAUACAAUGGACGAAAUGUAUACUUUUCUAACGAGUCCCCGUUGUAAGGCUGACAGGCCCGAUUCUCCUCGAGUCUCUUACACCAAAAAAACGCUGUCAUGUCCAGUAGUUUCAGGCUCGGAAUCAGAUUCAAUCGGUAGUGAAUCUGAAGGCAAGUGUGUUCGAGUCGAAACUCCCUCAGAUGCCCGGUCUGCGCGGAAAGUGGGAGCAGUGGAAUCCACCUGAGAAUCAUUGCCCCCCCCCCUCUUCUUGUUCCUCCAUUAUCUCAUCAUCAGCAUCACUCCACAGUUCGACUUCCUGAUCGAUAGCAGCCAUGCGCAAUGUAAAGUCGUUUUGAAGCUUUACAAGAUGCUGCCGAAGAGAUGGGCUAUCCAUCGUGCUAUUCCGAGCGAGUAUAAGCUCUUCCCGCAAUGUGAGAAGCAACUUACGCUUCCGGGCUAUGACGACGGCGCGCGACGUGCUGUUCCGACGCUGGGUGAGCCUGUCCAUGCACUCGGAGACGGUUUUGGCAACCUCUAAAACAGCCGGUGGGAGAUCGACUAGCUUCGCUAGCUCAAGACCAUAUCGACGGACUGGAACGGGUCCUUCGGCGACCUGGUAUAGCAUUGUCAUCUUGUUCGCGUAAGGGCUGAUAUCGGCUGCAAGGUGAAAAUUUAUGACACCGCUUCGCUCGGAGAGGAUGCGUGCGAGAUCAUGAAAGUGAGUGACAAACCAUACCAGGGCGUUACUGGCGAGAAGGGCCUCGGCCAGUGCGACGGCAAUUGCAAGGCCGUCAGUCGUGCUGGUGCCGCGUCCGAGCUCAUCGACUAGGAUCAUUGCUCGUGGCUGGACAUGGCGCAGGAUAAAUGCCAUCUCUCGCAUUUCUGCGGCGAAGGUGGAGACGUUCGCAUCGAGAUCAUCGCUGGUAGCUACACGUGCGAAGAGUUGGUGUACAAUUGGGAACGAAGCGUACUGUGCUGGUACGAAACACCCAAUUUGCGCCAUCACGGUUAUCAGGGCGAGGCAUCGGAUGUAGGUAGAUUUGCCGCUCAUGUUGCAUCCCGUGAUGAUCUGGAAUCGAGUUUGUGGAGUGGCACAUGCAUCGUUUGAAAUGAAUUUGCUUGAAUGAAUCCGUUCUCGAAUUGGGUGGCGCCCAGCUUUGAUAGUCAGGGUGGGCGUUAAUUCAGGACGGAUGUAGUCGUGGCUUGUUGCUAGUUGUGCAAACGCUGACAGCAUAUCCAGCAUUGCGAUUGCCUCGCUGAUUCGAAAGAGUCCUGCAACUUCAGCACACACAUCAUGAAGGAGCCCUUGAACGGUCUGGUCGCUCAUGCUGAUCACUUCAUUGUGUGCAUCCGUGAUUUUUUGAUUUAGCUUGACCAAAUCCAAGGUCUGGCACUCGAUCCGAUUCUUUUUACGGUAGACGUUGAUGAAGAUGUGCGGCAGUGGCUCUGGAUUCCCCGUUGGAAUGCAUAUGUAGUAUUGGCGGGCGAUAUCGUACUUGAGAUCCAAGGGCAUAUCGAGGUUUUCUGC